AUGUCUUUAGUCGGCACCUUACGGGGCGACUUACCGCAGCAGGCGCGAUCACUGUAUCGACAGCUGCUGCGCCAAGGCAACGAAUUCAGCUCUUAUAAUUUCCGCGAGUAUGCGAAGCGACGGACCCGAGAUGCUUUCCGAGAAAACGCUGCGGUGGAGGAUCCGCGCAAGAUCCAGGAGCUGAUCCAGAAGGGGUUGAAGGAGCUUCAGACUAUGAAGCGACAAACGGUCAUUGGACAGUUCUACAAGCUGGAUCGAUUAGUGGUUGAGGGAGGACAGUCGGUAGGUUUGACCUUGCUUUGGCCUCGUUCGGCCCCAGCGCUAAUCUAA